GACGCUCCUGCCUUGUCGGUCCACUUUGUAGAUGUAAAAUCAGUGGUCACGGGACGCUGAUUGGUGCACUAUUCUCAGUCACUGAGGCGUCUGAUCCACUCAGACCAGCGCAACACGUCUUUAAACAGAGCUCUCACAGCUCUACCUGUCGGCCAGGUGAGCUCGCGCUGUCUCUGCUAUAGGAUUUGCAUAAACGAGUCCGAGGAGUGUGACGUAAAACCCCUUCCGUCUCAGCGCAAAACACACCGGAGUGACCGCAGGGCUGCGGAGCGGAGGGAGCGGGGUCGCUGGAUGUGCUGGAUGCGGCUGAAGCGGCUUCUCGGACCCGCUCACACGUUCUCGGCACCUUAAACCCGAGUGAGUCGGCGGAGCCAAACUGACAGCAGCUGUGUGUUGGUCCAGAAGGGGGGAAUGAGCAGUGAAGAGGAGCGAUGCCUUACGUGGACCGACAGAACCGCAUCUGCGGCUUCCUCGACAUCGAGGAGCUGGAGAACAGCGGCAAGUUCCUGCGGCGAUACUUCCUACUGGACACCCAGCAGGGCAGCCUGGUCUGGUACAUGGACAACCCACAGAAUCUACCGAUAGGGGCCGAAUGCGUGGGCUCACUCAAACUCACGUACAUAUCCAAAGUCAGUGAUGCCACCAAGCUAAGACCAAAAGCGGAGUUCUGCUUUGUCAUUAAUGCAGGAAUGAGGAAGUUCUUUCUGCAGGCUAACGACCAGCAGGACCUUGUAGAAUGGGUCAAUGCGCUCAACAACGCCACCAAAAUUACUGUGCCCAAGUCAUCGUGUGAUGUGGUCCCUAAUUCGGAGAGUCAGAAAGCAGUGUGUGAUGUUCAGGGCAGCAGAAAGCAGGUCUCCUAUCGGACAGAGAUCAUAGGGGGAGUGCCCAUCAUCACACACACACAGCAGGAGGGGGAUGAUGGACAGUCCGCUGGAAGAGAAAAGGAGGCCUUGAAGCGGCCUCACAGUCACCUUCCCUACUUCUUAUGUAGACCCACUCAGGAGCAGAGUGUGAUAAAGGCAGGCUACUGUGUUAAACAGGGCGCUGUGAUGAAAAACUGGAAACGGAGAUACUUCAUUUUGGAGGAGAACUCCAUGAGCUACUUCAAAUCUGAUCUUGAAAAGGAGCCCUUGAGGAUGAUUCCCCUUAAAGAGGUUCAUAAAGUUCAGGAGUGUAAACACAGUGAUAUUUUGAUGAGAGACAACCUGUUUGAGGUGGUCACUACAUCGAGAACGUUUUAUGUUCAGGCUGACAGUCCUGAAGAGAUGCACAGCUGGAUUAAGGCAGUGUCAGGAGCUAUCGUGGCGCAGAGGGGCCCCGGACGAUCCGCUGCUUCCAUGCGUCAGGCCAGAAGGCAUUCGAACCCAUGUAUUCAGAGUGAAGGGAAUCAGUGGCUGGUAUCACAUGCUAACAUUCCUCAGCUGAUGCACUGCACACUCUGGGUCUGGGGAACACUGUUGGCUCCUCCUCAUUCUACUGUGCACCCUCGUUUGGCCCCGCUCCCUGGAAAGCCAGCCCUGCCAUGCCAGCCUACCCAGAGUGGCAUGGUACACCGCGGACUGGCAUGGGACAGCGAGCACUUCAUGAGCCUGCUACCAUUGCCCCGGCAACACGCCCGCCUGUCGUUACAAGAGACCCACCUGUCCAAGUGACUCACGAGUCGCCAUGGCGACGGCGCAGCAGUUUUGGGUUGCGCAACGCCCCGUCUCCUCCUCUUGACCUGGAUGAUGGCGAGCUACCCGUUAGCCAGGUCUAAACUUCUGAAUUAUAUGUCGGAGACCCUCGCGGUCCACUGUAAGAAUCUGAUUUGCAUAUGUCAAUCAUAGCGUGAUGCAUCAGAAAGGAUGGAAUGGAAAGAUGAAUAAAGGAGAAGGGAGCGCUGUUGUCAUGAAGUAGCCCCGUUCACGCCUGGCAUUAACAUGCAUCUUAUGUGAUCUGGCACAGCGUACAGCUGUGAACGUGGUCUGGUGCGUCUCAGACAUCAAAGGUGGUCAGGGACGCAACUGACCACGUACAAUAAAGCAUCCCACCUUGAUCACCUGCAUCAUCACAGGAGAGAUGAAAGGAUCCACAUAGCUUCUUUCUUCAUCUCCCUUCCUAGUAAAUAGUUGCAAGAUAUAAAAUGUGCCCUGUACAAAAGUUAUGGCACAUUUUAUGUUGAAUGGUUCAUUUCUCAAUAGAAAUUGUGCACAAACAUGAGCAAAAAAAUGCAAUAUUUCAAUUUGUUCCCUGUGGAGGACGUGUAAACUUAGGCUAUGUUCACAUUAGGAGGUUAAAGUGGCACAAAUCAGAUUUUCUGCCCUAAUGUGACUCAGAUCUGAUGUUUUCAGGACUGUGUGGACACAAAUCUGAUCUUUUCAAAUCCGACCUGAGCCACUUUCAUGUGUGAUCCUAGAUCAGAUACGUAUCUGAUUCGUGGCCAUGUGACCUUAAUGUGACGCUCAGAUCGGAAUUCAUGUUGUUUUUUCCCCAAUGCACGUGACCAUCAUUCAGCGUUACCAUGGCAACAGUGCCAAACAGACGCUAAAGCCUGUAAACGGUGGAAAAGCAGCUCAUCUCACCUUUUUCUCCUCCGUCUGGCUCUAAUAAUGAAGCUGAGAGCUGAUCGGAGUUCUUUUUUUUUUUUUUUUUUUUUUUAAUGUAUUUUUCAAGCAAAAAUUAAUCUCAGAAUUAUCAUAAAACAUGUCAGACAUCCGGCUGAAGCAUGAAGCCAUUCCAUGUAAUAACUUUGUGUAGGAGCUUUUAAAGACAUUAAAUGCUUUGGAUGUCGGGUUCCUAUCCAUACCACUGUGCACACUUUUGACUUGCAAAUUUCUCUAGAAUGGAGAAAUUCACAUUAAAACCCUUGAAAUUACUUUAUUUACUUGUUAAUAAUUUAAUUAUGUAGAAUUUUUUGAAAAAUCGGAAUUCCUCUGGGCAGUGCCAGGUGCGAACAGGGCAACUUUGACAACUUGUGUCUUCUUCCAAUAUCCUGUGUAGAGUCUGGGACCAAAAAAAAGCAGAAUUUUUGUUUGUCACGUUUUGUUUUAUUUUCUUUUGUUUUUGUUUUUUUUAUAUGUAGUCAAAUGCAAGCGUUUGGGUGCCUUUAGCUGUGUCAUAUUUUGUUGAUUUUUCUUUACAGAGAACACACUUUUGCACAUUUGUAUGCACAAAUACUGCUUAUUUGCUGAAUUUAACAUAUUUGGAGAGAAUAAAACACAAAAUGUGGCCUGUGCAACAUUUAUGGUACAUUUUAUAUGUUUAUCGUUUUCCAGUAUGUUAAACUCGGCAAAUAAGUAGAAAGUGCAGUAAAACUGACAUAUUUAGGUUUGUUCCCUGUAAAGGAUGUGUUCGCUUAUUUUCACGUCAAGCAAAUCAACAAAGCAUGUCAUUUCACAAGAGUUAUUAUAAUUUUUAGAUAUGACUGUCAUUGCUAGAGGUUUCUUGCAGGUUCUUUGCUCCUCUCAUUGAGGCAGAUGUUGGGAAUGGAUGAAUACUAGAUGCUAUUAGAUGGGAAAGUCGAUUAAUCCUGGAGAAAAUAACUUCGUUUUUAAAUCAUUUUUUACACUCAUUUGCUGUCGAGACCUCACUUUUUCCAUAUAUAAGUAAAAGUAUAGCCCAGUAACACAUGCUAACAUGGCUAAUGUUGAGUAAUGUUAACCCUAGUAUCCACCAGUUAGCACAUCUUCAUUGGCAUAAUGCUAAUUGUUGGCAGUCGAGUCACAUUAUUAUGACCACCCGCUAAUAUCCAGAGUAACCACCGUGUGCACUGGGAAUGACUCAAUAAGGUCCUGGAAGGUUGUCACCGGUAUCUGGAGCCAUGCUGAGUGCAGUGCAUCCCAUAU